AUGACAAUUUCAAACCCCGAUUUGUUCGGAGCCUUAAGAAAAGAUAGUAAUGUUUUGGCUAAAUUUCCUUUGAAUGUAAGAAAAGUGCUUAUUUCAGAGAUAACACAAACAUUACUUCAAGCGCAUGAUCCAAACUUAUUAUCAUCAACUUAUCAUGUAAAAUGGGUUAUGGAAGCAAUAGGUCAAGGUUUUACCUUGCCAUUGGAGGAAAUGACAAUAACAUCAAAUUCAAAAGAAUUGUAUUCUCAAUGGUUAUUUGAACCAAAUUUUCGACCUGCUGCAAUAAGAGAAGCAACGGGGAAACCUGAAGAACAAGAAUUUUGGCAGACUAUUUUUCAUCAUUAUUCAUUAUUUUCAUCAACAUCAACACCAACCACUCCAGGAUUUCCAUCAUCGAUCAAUCAACCCAAUUCAAAUUAUGCAUAUUUACAACAUCAUAUCGAGUUAUGUAAAGGAGUAUUGAUCGUGUUGACCAUGGCAGGACGUACUUUAGGAACGCAAUUUAGCGAAGAGACUUGGUUAGUUUUAUUAAAAGUAAUUUUAGGAAUAACAGACUCUUUAUUAAGAGAACAUACAUCUGUAACGUUGGCUGAAAAAAACAUUGAAAAAAAAACUAUAACCACCAUGGCAGAUGAGCUAUGUGAACAUUUAUUGAGAGUGCUAUUUGAAUUAUGGUUAAGAUCGAACAUUAGUAAAAUAGAAAUGUGGGACAUAUUUAAAAAAUGUUUUAAUCAAUGGACAUACCGACAUCAAGCUCUUCUACAGUGGAAUGCUACUACAUUAGCAUUUACUCAAAGAGUGGUUAGGUUGUUGUAUGGUCCAAAAGAAGGAUCCGAGACUGUUAAUAUUUCAGUGGGUGGAUAUAAUGUUGGAUUAGAUCUUAACACCGAUUUUGUUUAUUUUGCAUGGUAUCAAAUGAUUUAUCUGGUCAAUAAUCCUUGUGUUUUGCCUUCACCGAAUUUUUCUUUGGCAAUAUCUGGAAUAGCUAGAAUAGUUGAUUCUUUUCUAAUAAUUGGUAGUUUAAAUAACCAACGACCUACCAUAAAAGAUACUGAAACUUCUCAUGCUUAUUUAACACCUGAUGGAAAUACAAUAUUAAAUAUGUUUGGUCGGUGGUUAUUUCAAGCUUGUAGUAUCAAAAGCACUGACCUUGGCUUUGAAAAAGGAAGAGCAGAAGCUUAUGGUAUACUAUGUAGGAUAUUCUGUAUACCUCAAUGCCGGGAAAAAUUUUUACGUACUUAUAUCACUCAGUUUUAUUAUGUGUUGAGUGAAGGAUUGCGAACAAUCAGCUGUCUGCCUACAAUUCUUAUGAACACAAAAUCACUUUUUGCAACUGAAUUGGAAGGUGUAAGAAUGAUGGUACCGGAUUUUAUAAUAGGUAUUAAGAUGAUUUUACCUAAAUUGGCUCCUGAUUUUUAUACUGAUAUACCUCUGGAGGAAUUAAGGCUUGCAGCAAUCAAAGUCACAAGUACAAUUAUGUGUUUGCCAAAUCAUUUCGAAAAAGUAUCCCUAAAAGAAAAUUGGAGUGAAGGAAUGGAUUUUAAUGGUGAUAGAUUUGUUAUACGAGUAUUGUAUUCUGAAGAAGACAACCAAGAACAACCAAAUGGUCAAAAAAUAUUAGAACCUUUCACAGCUCUCAAAGUUCAUAUUUUAGAGCUUCUUUUAACUUCAUUAAAAACCGAGCAUUCUUCGUAUAAUCUUCGAUAUUUACUCCAUUUAAUAAAUGUUUAUGUUAUUGAGGAUGUUGCUUUUUGCCCCGGAUUAGUUGGGUUAGUUGUAAAAUCAAUUCAAGAGAAGGUCUUUACAAUGAAUCUUCCAUCAGAUGUUACGCUAUAUGCAUUUGAUGUAUUAAAAGAUUUUGUAGGCUUAUAUGAGUAUGUUCAAAGAGAUAGUAAGAAUUGUGCUAGAGAAUUAGUACUAUCGUUUUCUCGCUACAUUGACACUUUAUUAGCAGGGAGUUGUGGAGGUUUGGCAUCUACAUGUCAAUUAAUUGAGCGUGCAUAUGAUUGUAUGAUUCGAUGGAUUCUUGCAGGUCAAUGGAUAGUUGGUGAUCGUGAUUGUCAUGAAGCAGUAAUUUUAACUAUUAGUAAAGGAAUUUCAUUGAACCCAGUCAGUGAAGAUGAAAGCAGUUCUCAGCCAAAUUCACCAGUUGAAAAGAAAAGAGGUCGCAAAGAAAGUACUUCUAACAAACUUUUUUCACCGAGAGUUACUAGAAUUGGUACAAGUAGUAGUGAAAAUAUUGGAUAUCAGAGUGGAUCAAAUAAAUGUUGGAAGAGAGGUGAAUUGUCAGUCAAAAUUGCUGCUGAUAUUGCAAUGUCACAAUUUCUCAAUCAUCUGGGAAAUUUUCCUGCAUGGGGUGAUCAUAUUGGGCCAAGUAGAGUUUCUACACUUUUCAAUCAUGACUUGGAAUUGGCUAAAUUACACAUUCCAGAAUUAGUUAGAUACUUCUUAAUUGAUGGUAGAGUGAUAGUUGGUUUUGUGGAAAUGCCAAAACAUCCUAUUUGGGCAAUUAAUGGUGAUCCAAUUACACCAAAUGUUACUACUCCAGGAACACCAAACACUCCUAAAACAUUUGCAAAUUCACCUUCAUCAUCAACUGCAUCACCGGGAACACCAUCAACAGCUUCUUCUCUGGAAACACCUAUUGUAUUAAACAAAUUGCAAGAAGAACCUGAUGAGCUAAUUGAUGCUCCAUCAGUAAUAAUCGUAUUGCGUGAUAGUACUGGAAAGUAUUCUUGGACUUCACAAAUGCGAUACAAAUCACAAGGGAAUGAGAAAUCGCAAAAACUGCCAAGUUCACCAAUGCUUGAAGGAGAAAAUGACUCUACAAAAUUAAGAACACCUUCACCUACUUUUCCUUUUAGAGCAAAUACACCACCAGGUGUUAAUGAAAAACCAGAUAAUAAGUCUAGCAAUUUAGUUUUGCCAAAAGUUGAUGGUUAUACUGCAGAGCACAUACCAUCCGUGGACAAAAUAUUUAAAGAGGGAAGCGAAAGUUGGGGAGCAUAUCAUGCAAUUAAAAAGCUCACAUUGAGACAGAAGGAGGCGGAGAAAAAGGAAUUGGCUGUGAAAGAUAAAAGAACAAACAAUUCAAAUUGUAAAACUUUGCUUGAUCAGCUUCAUAAGCACUUAGAAAGUCCACAAGUUUUUAGAUUAUUUAUGGCACAGAUAGGAUUAUUAUCAUUGGAAAAUCGUCAUCGUGUAAUACCAUUAAAGAUAUCGGAAAUCCUUGUAAAAGAUCUAGAAAGAUUUGAUCAAUUGAACGAAAGAGAUUGUUUGAGUGCUUCCAUUUAUUAUGCUAAAUCAGGCGUUGAAAGUUAUGAAAUUUUGAUCAAUCCUCCUCGUAUAAGUGAAGACUUUGAAAGGUUUUUGAAUAGCUUAGGAUGGCCGGUUUUAAUAGAAUCACAUCCGGGAUAUAAAGCAAAGUUAGAUCCUGCACAUUGUAAAACAGCACCUUACUUCGCAGAUAGAUGUGUAGAGGUUAUUUUCAGUGUUCCAUACUUAAUUAGCUUGCCAAAUAGUAAUUCAUCAUUGGAAUCUUUAAUAAAAAUUUUUAAAAAUAUAGCAUCAGAAGAUUUAGUUUCUAUAGUAUGGCUAGAAGAUAUAACUUCCAUUCAUAAGAUUCCAUCAAUCAUUGAGCAAUCUGUAUUUGUAUAUAUAUUUAUAUAUCCAUUACAAAAUGCAACUGGAUUAUAUUGGAUAAGGAUCCUUAUGCCAGUUAUAUCUUAUCAAGGAACAUCUGGAAAUAUAAAUUUUCUUGGUGGAGGGAGAUCAUUAAAAGGUAGAGUGAGUUGGGGUGCAGACACAACAAAACUUGCAGAAAAUCCUUUAGUGAGUAACAUUAAUUAG